UUGUUGCUCUUAUGCAUGUAAAAUUAGUACUUCAUCUGUUGGUUGGUUAUAUGUCUUCAAAACACAAAUGGCUACUUCAUAUUUGCUUUGUGCCUUUUUCAUUACAAUAUUGAAUAUCCGGAUGGUCAUGUGUGCUUCCUGCGGACCAAUUAUAGCUAAUGAUGAGGAACGUAUUCACGUAGCUCUCAACUUGGAGUUCCUAGAAGCCGAGUUUUUCUUGAACGGUGCACUUGGUAAGGGGCUUGACACAAUAGAUCCAAGUUUGGCAGCCGGCGGUCCUCUUCCAGUUGGCGCUAAAAAAGCCAAUCUUGACGCCCUUACAAAUCGGAUCAUGGAAGAAUUUGGUUAUCAGGAAGUUGGUCAUCUCAGGGCUAUUAUAACAACAAUUGGUGGGUUCCCAAGGCCUCUAUUGAAUCUCAGCACUAAGAAUUUUGCUAAUAUAUUUGACGAAGCAGUUGGCUACAAAUUGGCACCUCCAUUCGAUCCUUACAUGAACACUGUCAACUAUCUCUUAGCAUGCUACCUUAUCCCUUAUGUGGGACUUGUAGGUUAUGUUGGCACUAUACCAAACCUCGUCAACUACAAUUCUCGAAAAUUGGUUGCGGGACUCUUGGGAGUGGAGUCUGGACAAGAUGCAGUAAUACGAGCAUUGUUAUACGAGAAAGCAAAUGAGACGGUGUUACCUUAUAACAUAACAGUGGCGGAGUUCAGCAACCAUAUCUCCCAGCUUAGGAACCGGCUGGCCAUGUGUGGCAUCAAAGAUGAAGGGCUAAUAGUGCCAUUACAACUUGGAGCAGAGAACAAGACAGAAAGUAACAUCUUAUCGGCGAACGCAAAUUCUGUAUCUUAUGAACGAACUCCACAGGAGAUAUUAAGGAUAGUAUAUGGAACUGGCAGUGAAUACAAGCCCGGCGGAUUUUUCCCCAGUGGUGGCAAUGGAAGGAUCGCAAAAGGAUUUCUUGCUAAAGAUUAAGGGUGUGUUUACUUUAAGGAAUGUUGUAUUAUGAGAAUGUUAUAUAAAUUUAGGAAAAUGUGUUUGUUUGGUUAGAAUAAAUUGGUGAUUAUAUUAAUCUA